AGGCGCGAGGCGGGCGGCACACUCGGGCAGUAGCGGGGCGACGGUCGCGGUCGAGGCUGAUCGGCGCCGGCGUGUGGCGCUUGGUUGGGACGGGACGGGACGGGACGGGACGGCGGCACGCCAUGGGGGCGAAGCUGCGACUGCUGUGUGCCGCUGCGGCGCUGCUGAGCGUGGCCGUGCAGGGACAGCCCGGAGCGCGGGGUGCGCUGCUGCCUGCGGGCGAGGGGGACGGGUACGGGGUGAAGCUGUGCGGCCGGGAGUUCAUCCGUGCCGUCAUCUUCACCUGCGGCGGGUCCCGUUGGAAGCGCCUCUCCCUGCUGGCGAUGGAGCCGGCGCCCGCGGUCGAUACCUCUCAAGCAGCAAGUAACAAACUGCUGGGACACUUCAAGCUGCAGUCAGGUCUGGGUCCUGAGCUGGAGCAGAUGCAGAGAAGCAGCCCGUUUCUUGGAUGGGAGACAAUGAAGGACUUGUAUAGCUUAAAUGACUAUAAUGAGUACGAGCCUGUGACAGAUGACUUCAAAGAACUUCUUCGCCAGGUAGAGGAGGCUGCUCAGAGGGACAGGGGAGGAACAGGAAUUGCAACCCCCCUAGGACCCAGCAGUUAUCCUUGGGCCAGUUAUCCCAGAAGGAAAAGGGAGUCUCUGGGUUUGGCAGGCAUGUGUUGCAAGUGGGGCUGUACGAAAGCUGAAAUCAGUGCUAUAUGCAGAGUUUAAAAUCCUCUCUGCACUUGUGCAUGAAAUCUGUGUUAGUCACAGUGCUACUUGAUUGAAUACUGUACAGAGGAAGAAAACUCUGUGUAUUUUAUUUUGUCUGUAAGUGCCAGUCUAUUAAUAACACCAGUUUUCUUUUAAAUAAAUAAAUCAAUAAAAAUCCUCAAGUGUAACUGUAAUGACUUACUUAUAGCAUCAUUUCUUUAUCUCCUUUCCUAAGAUAUUAUUCCAGCACAUAGGCAUCUAUCAGUCAUCUUUAUUACUUUUUAAACCAUGUCAGUUUUAGUCAGAGAUGGCAGAGAAUGAGCAUUCACUAUGAACGUUACCCACCAGCCUGCAUACAUGAUCAGCAGGUCUUCUUACAUCCAGAGUGAAACAAAGAUGUAGUUCUUGUUUCACAUUUGUUAGCUUAAGUCUUGAAUGGAGCAGCCUAAAAUUUAACUUCUUGAUUAGACAUAACCUGGUGUUAAAACUAUAAAUAGCUAAAGAUGAAAGCAUGAAGCAUCAGUACUGAUCUGACAUAAACAGGCAUUGUCACAGGCGUGAGUCAAGAUGCAUCAUUGUGCAUCACCUGGAGAAAUGGUAAGAUCUGUGGUUUUAUCUGGUUUCCUAAUUGUCCUGUUGUAGUCUUCAAAGGCUGUAGCAGGCCAGCUGUGAUGCAGAUAUGAAAUAAGUUGAAUUAAGUUGAAAUUCAGUCUGUUUUACAGAAAGGAAAUAUGUGAAUCCGUGUAUACAUUUGAAUGCUCAAAGAUGUUGGCUUUGUUUUAAUGAAAAUUGAGUGCUUAAAGACCUCCUCUUGUUUUCUCUGUGGGUAGGUCAAAUUUUACUACUGUUUCUUUACACUGUAGCUUUUGGUGUCCAUUACAUGUCACUCAACUGCAGCAGGUCUACCCAUGUGGCAGGAUGCAGCCUGCUGCUGAUGCGCAGCUCACUGUCCAAACACAAAAACACUCAUGCUAUCUUUAAGACCAGAAGCAAACUUGACACAUAAAAUUAGAUAUCUGGCUAGUUACACAGAGGAAGCAAAGAUGUUUUGAAGCAGACUGCUCAAAAUAUAAAAAUAUUGAGUCAACGUAUUGAUCCAAAUGGCAAACACAAAGGCUUAGUACUGCUGUACAUGUAGAACAGCAUAAAUGUGCACACAGCAGUUCAAAGCAACACACUGUGUCUACCGUCAUAGUUGUUCAAAAAUACACACAUUUCUGCAAGAAAUUGGCCUUUUUUUUCCCCUCUAUUUCUCUCAGUGAUCAAUUAGCUAUUGAGAAAAGCAUUGUAUUAGCAACUCACUGCUUAGAGAAAUUGCAGUCCCAUUGAUGUGACCUUAACUCAAAUGAAGUGGUCAAUAUUUGUGUAAUCUAUUAACUUGUGAGCCAUCUUCUGAACAGUUGUUUUGAACUUCCGAGUAGAAAAAGAUACAUUACCACACUGCCGUAUCAGCACAGCUAUUUGUGUCUACAAGGGUUUAUCCUUCUGAGGUGGAGGUCUGGAUUUUUUUUUACUGUGGGUAAAAUCUGAUGCAGGUAUGACUAUGAAUUCUUUGAACAACUCUGCCCAAAGACAUGGAUAAUACCUAGGCCAGUCUGAAAGUAAUGUCCCCUAUUUAUUUUAAUGGAAACGACAACACAUGUGAAGACCACAACACCACUAUUUGAUAGGGCACAUUCUCAGCUACAAAAUACCAUUUUUUUAAAGAGGGUCUCCACCUUUAUCUGAUUUGCAUGGAUGAGCUGAUUAAGACACUCUCCAUUUCACGACACAAAAGCUUUGCAUGGCCAUCUCUUUUACGUUGCUGUCAUCACUACUGAAAUGCACCACCCACCACCUCACUGGGCUUACAUCCACUGUUUGGUCUCCAGAAAUGUUCAGCAAGUGAAGAUUUAUGUCGGUGCCAUUUUUUCUUCAUGGAGAAAUUCA